UUUUCAGAAUUUUGAAAUAAAUGUCAAAUAUAAUGCAAGAUGAAGCUAUUGCGCCGUUGCUGGAAAUCGGAACAAAAGUAAAGGUCGACAAACGCUAUGGGAUUGGAAUGGCUGCUGUAUUUAUCAUUGGUACAUUAUGCGGAAGUGGAGUAUUGGCUAUACCACAAGCUAUUGUAGAUGGAGGAUUGAUAGCAAUGCCUUUGCUUGUGAUAUGCGGUCUCGUAUCAGCAUUCACCGGAACUCUUCUGGGAAAGAGUUGGAUUAUACUGCGGGAAAGAUAUCCUGAAUAUGAGGCAAAUAGAGUAACUGACCCUUAUCCAACAAUUGCGUUUCGGGCAGCAGGAAAAGUUGGAGAAUAUGCAACAAGAGUUUGCCUAUAUGGCUCUCUAUUCGGAGGAGGUACAGUUUUUCUUCUUUUGAUUUCCGACAACACAACAAAUCUUCUGCAGUCUAUGGGUGGAAUUCGAUUUUAUCCUUGCUACAUGAUGAUGAUAGUAUUCUGCAUACUUACUCCACUUUCUUGGAUUGGAACUCCGAAAGAUUUCUGGUAUGCAGGUCUAAUUGCUGCUGCAACAACCACAAUAGGAGCUUUGUUAAUCGUAGCUGGAAUAGUUCAGGAUGCGCCCGAACAUGUUGAUUCAUACAGACCAGAACCAACAGCCUCGUCGUUUUUCAAUUCAUUUGGAGUUAUCGUUUAUGCGUUUGGUGGAGCUAGUUGCUUUCCUACAAUACAAGUUGAUAUGAAAAAUCCAAAUAAAUUUAAUACAGCAGUUGUUUUGGGAAUAAUUGGUGUAAUCUUUCUCUAUUUCCCUGCUGGAGCUGCCGGAUAUUUCGUAUUUGGCAACGACAUGAAGCCUAACGUAUUAUCUGCUUUGUCCCCUGGAUGGAUUUCGUACACAAUCAACAUCUUGAUUACAUCACAUCUAUUAAUGGCAUUCGUUAUUAUUUCAAAUCCAGUGACGCAAGAAAUUGAAGGUUUCCUAAAUAUUCCAGAAAAAUUCACUUGGAAGCGUGUGAUGACUCGCACAAUCUAUAUGCUUGCUGUAUUAUUCGUCGCUCUCAGCAUUCCACAUUUCAACGUUAUACUUUCCUUAGUUGGAGGCUCUUUAAUUGGCUGCACCUGUGUGGUCUUCCCGCCGUUAUUUUACUACUUAUUAUCAAGGCAACAGAAGCCUGAAGACGCCUACGGGCCACUACCGGAGCACAUGCUGCAUCCGCAUAGACCAGCUAAUAACUACAGAGCAUUCGAAGCAAACUACAACUGGAAGCAAGUAAGCUUGAGUCUCCACAUGAAAGUCUUCCUGUUUGAAAUCAUCAUUUUUGGAGUGGGUGCCGGUGUUUCUUCAACUUACUUUGCGAUCCAGUCUUUGGUAACAGGAUCCUCUGGUUUCACUGUACCUUGUUAUGUUAAUGCAUCGGUAGGUUGAUUCGUGGUAGAUUUCUAAGAAUGGUAAAACAACCUGUGAAACCAACUUUUUAUGACUGUAUUAUUAGGAAAUGUUUGUCUGUAGCCACGGAUAUUAUGUCCAUUUGUAUACUCUAUGCUUCCAAAGCAUUUCUAUCACUCUGUAUAAGAAUAAAAAUGUGAAAAAAUUUGAAAUAUCUUUAGCAGAUAAUAAAAAUUGCUAAAUAACUAACUAAUGAACUUUCACAAUUUUUCUAUAUAUAUGGCCUCUGAGGACAGUAUAUUUGAGUUAUUUGUUAUAACGCACUACGAAAUUCUGGGAGUUUGUCUUUUUAAAAGCAAACUAUAAUGAUCUAAAUAUAUAUAGUAAUUAAUGUUGUCAUAUUCCGAAAAUAGUUUUUAUCCGACAUGACGAAAGGUUUUAUAAUAGGUUUUCUGAUAUGCAUGAAUACACAUUUCUUAAAUUUUAAUUCUGGAAGUAAAGUUCUUGUAAAAGAACCUCGGAAUUUUUUUCAUAAUUCAUUAUAUUACUAUUGACCCUAAAGACUGACUGGGUUGAAUUUAUGUGAUUGAGGUUUAUUUGAGGACUAGUUAACAUGUUGGUUUGAUCUCCAAUCUCCUGAACCCAGUAACAUAUUUCACCUAGCUACUUUUGAACACAUAUAUCUUUAUAUUUUUUAUUGUGAAAAUAUUUUAUCAAAAGAGAAAAACGUGCAAUAAAUAAACAUAAACAUAAAAAAA